GUUCUUUAGAAGAUACACAAGAUUCUGGUGUCUUAACAGAGCUUGAGCAGCACAAAACACACCAGUUUUCAGCACUUAAAGGGUCUGAAGAGUUCUGCGAAUUCCCUUGCCAGUGUCCUAUAGAAGAACUUAUUUGCAAUGAAGGUGUAAAGGCAGUGAAGGAUGGAUGCGAUUGUUGCUACAUGUGCGCACGUCAACACGGUGACCGAUGCAGUCCAAAGGAACGAUGCGCAGAUGGUCUUUAUUGUCAAUUAAGCAAAGAAACCAAAGGCGUUGGAAUUUGCAAAGGAGUUGAAUCCUUACGUGUGGCACCAAUUGAAGCCAAACCUUCAACAUUGACGCAGCUACCAUUAACUACAACAUCUCCCAUCCGUCCACCUUGUGCAAUUGUAAAAUCAGAAUGGUCAGCUUGUUCUGCCAGUUGCGGUGUCGGUAUGUCAGUUCGUAUGAACAACGACAAUCUAGAAUGUGAAGAUGUACAACAAACCAGGAUUUGUUUCUUGCGGCCUUGCGGAGAAGUUGUUAAAUCAGAGAAACACAAAAAAUGCACGCCGACAGCAAAGGCUCAUGAAAAAUACCGCAUCGUAUUUCAAGAUUGCCGCAGCGUGAAGGAACACCGCCUGAAGUUCUGUUCAAACUGUAAAGUAAAUCGUUGUUGUUAUCCACAAAUAACACGUCAUCGGACGAUUGAAUUUGAAUGCUCCAAGCGCGAACGCGUGUUCCUAUCGUUCAUGUGGAUUAAAAAAUGCCAAUGUGGACAUAAAUGUUACGCAAAUAAAAUUAUUGAUUCAUAACCAAACAUUCAAAGAGAUCGAUAAAGAAGAAUAUUUUAUAGAUGGUGACGAAGAGAAAUAUAUAACAAAACCUCAGUUGGAGGAACAUACACAGGCAGAUAAUAUUCAUGCAUUCAUACAUGCAAUCGCAUAUAUAUUGAUGAUGUUUCAACAUAUAUAUAUAUAUAUAUAUAUAAUAUAUAUAUAUAUAUAUAUAUAUAUAUAUAUAUAUAUAUAUAUAUAACUGUUACACGCAUAAGAUUACGUGCGUACACUGAAAAAGAGAGACGUUACGCAAAAUAUAUCAACGUAUAAUCGUAUAUAAAUAUCCAUAUACGUAUAUAU